CAGCCAGGAUUUGUUCAAAUACAUAUUCUGGCCCUCUGGCCCUUUCGGCGCCCUCGGGAACCCCAUUUAAACGUAGGUUUUUCUUCCUUAGGCUGUCAUUUAUUUCCCUUAAUCUGUCUUCAUGGUCUUUUAAUUGUCUGUCUCUUUUUUCCUCAGUUUCCCUCUUUGCCAUUAACUUGUCUUCUGUGUCACUCACUCGUUCUUCCACCUCGUUAACCCUCGUCGUUAGGACUUCUAGUUUGGAUUGCAUCUCAUUCAAUUGAUUUUUAAUUUCUGCCUGAUUGGAUCUAAAUUCUGCAGUCAUGAAGUCUCGUGAGUCCUUAAUGCUUUUUUCUAGAGCCACCAGUAGCUGUAUAAUAGUGCUUCUGAAUUGGUUUUCUGACAUUGAAUUGUAAUCCAGAUUUUGUAACUCUGUGGGAGAGAGGGCUGUUUCUGAUUCUUUCUUUUGAGGUGAGGUUUUCCUUCUAGUCAUUUUGCUCAGUGCAGAGUGGCCAAAAACAAGUUGUAUUGGGAAAAGGAAAGAAAGAGAGAGAAGGAAAGAAAAGAGAAAGAGAAAAAAGAAAAAGAAAAAAAAAGGAAAAAAAGAGAAAGAAAAAGAAAGAAAGGUGAAAAAAAGGGGUGGGGUGGGGGCAGCAAUCAGAAAUCAAAAAGAAAAGAAAAAAGAAAAAAAACAACACAGGGGAGUAUCUUCUGAUUCUGUAGACUUUAAGUCCCUUGACUUUCCUUGGAACUGGUCCGUCUAGCUGGUCUUCUGGGGGAGGGGCCUGCUGUCCUGAUUUUCAGGUGUUAGCACUUGGGGGAGCUGCUCUGCCCCUGCCUGCUGCAGGGCUCAGCGGGGGUUGUUUACCCCGUGAGGCCCCAGGAGGAACAGCUGCAGUUGCUAUGGCAACUCUGGAAGCCUGGAUUCAGCCUCCGCAGGAACUACGGGGCUCUCCGUCUGCAGGGCCUGGAGGCUCCGGGGCGGGGGCCGCUGAUCUGCUCAGCUCGGGGUAGGAGUGUCCUGGCUGUCCUGGGCCCUUCCGGCCUCUGCCUGUCCCGGGGGAGGCCGGAUCCUGGGCUGUGUCCCGGCGCCCUGUGCUCCGGGGCCUGCGCUGUUGGAUUCGCGCUCCCGCCCCGCAGCUCCCUCCGUGGAGCCGCUCCCGAGUCCCUCCGAGCUGCUCUGGCCCCACCGUGCGCGCUGCAGCCCUUAGGGAGCUCGGCGCACUCUCCUGUGCGCGCAGGUGUCUGUUAGUGUCCCCGGGAGCCCGAGGGCAUCCUCGCCCUCCUGGGUCCUGUUCCAACUCCCUGCGAGCUCCUUUCCGCCGGGGAAGGUUGGUGCAGCUCCUGCUUCUCCAGGAUGGGGCUCUCCUGUCCUGGGAACACUCGCCCAGGCCUUAGCCCGGCUCCUCGCGGGGCCCCUCCCCCUUGGAGGCCUUUUGUUUCUUUCUUUUUCCCCGUCUUCCUACCUUGAUAGAAGCGCGAACUCUUCUCACUGUAGCAUUCCAGCUGUUCUCUCUUUAAAUCUCAGGCUGAAUUCGUAGAUUUUCAGGAUGAUUUGAAGGUUAUCUAGGUAAUUUGUUGGGGACAGGUGAUUUGGGGACCCUACUCUUCCACCAUCUUCGGUUAUAACACUUUUAGUGAAUUUCCCAUAUGUCAUCUGCAGAGAACAUGCAUUAAUGUUUUCUAUUUGGUGAUGGAUUAGUAAUGCUUGUGCUGAUUAAUGAUUGAUAUGAAAAGUAUUUCAGGUUAACACUGUGUCAAGAGUAACGAAGACUGCCAUGUUUACUUAGAUUCUUAAAUUGCACUGAAGUGACCGUGGCAUUAAAUUUCGCAUCAGACAUCGCUCUCCCAGGAUGGCAGCCAUUGAUUUGACUCAUGAUUGCAGUGACCUUUGAGGAUGUGGCAGUGGACUUCACCCAGGAGGAGUGGAUAUUACUGGACCUUAAUCAGAGAAACCUAUACAGAAGUGUGAUGCUGGAGAACUACCAGAACCUGGUCUCAGUAGAAUAUCAACUGUCAAAACCUAAGCUGGUUGCUUGGUUGGAACAACAGGAGCUGAGGACAGUGGAAACAGGAGUUUUCCAAGAAUGGGAAAUGCGACCUCAAACUAAAGAAUCAGCAUCUCGCCAGGAUUUUUUUGGAGGAAAAACAGCCAUUGAAAUACAAAAAGAUAAGACCCACCGUGGAGCAGAACUCUCUGACUGUGAACAAGGUAGAAAAGUCUUGAGUAAACAUUUAAACCUUAAGACACAUGUGAGAACUCAAAAUAGAGGGAACACUUUUGAGCAUAAUCAGUACCGCAAUGGCUUACUUAACCUACAAAAGAAAAACUCUACUAGAGAGAAGCCUUCUGAGUUUAAUCAGUGUGAUAAAGUUUUCGGCCUGACUCCACAUACAGCGUAUGAGAGAACUAGUAUGGCAAAGAAGACUUUUGAAUGCAGUGACUGUAGGAAAACGUUCAUUAGUCAUUCACGCUUUCAGGCACAUGUGAGAACUCACAAUGGAAGAGACUUCAAUGAAUGGAGGCAGUUUCUAAAAGCUUCAGUUUUCCCUGCAGGCCGUACUGAGCAUGUGCAGACACAUACUGCUCAAGAACUCCAUGAAUGUAAACAAUGUGGGAAGUCUUAUGCAGAUUCCAAGUGCCUCAAUAAUCAUAUCAUUCGACUUCACGCUGGAAGAAAACCUUUUGAAUGUAGUGAAUGUGGGAAAGCCUUCAUUACAUCCUCACGCCUUUAUGUGCAUUUGAGAAUUCACACUGGAGAGAAACCCUAUCGAUGUAAAGAAUGUGGGAAACACUUCCAGUGGCCCUCACUGCUUCGUAAACAUGUUCGAAUUCACAGUGGCGAGAAGCCCUAUAAAUGUCAGGAAUGUGGGAAAGCCGUCAGUCGUUCCUCAGUUCUUAAUGAACAUUUGAGAAUUCAUACUGGAGAGAAGCCCUAUAAAUGUAAGGAGUGUGGGAAACACUUCGCUUGGCUGUCAGUCCUCCGUAAACAUGUUCAAACUCACAGUGGUGAGAAGCCCUAUAAAUGUCAGGAAUGUGGGAAAGCCCUCAGUAGUUCCUCAAUUCUUAAUGAACACUUAAGAAUUCACACUGGAGAGAAGCCCUAUAAAUGUAAGGAGUGUGGGAAAGCCUUCACUAAUUCUUCACGACUUAGUGUACAUUUGAGAAUUCACACAGGAGAGAAACCCUAUCAAUGUAAAGAAUGUGGCAAAGCUUUUGUUUGGCCCUCAGUCCUUAAAAAACAUCUCCGAACACACAGUGGAGAGAAGCCCUAUGAAUGUGGUGACUGUGAGAAAACCUUCAGUAAUUCCUCAUAUCUUAAUGAACAUCUGAGACCCCAUACUGCAGAGAAACCCUUUCGAUGUGGUGAAUGUGGGGAGGCCUUUAGGACUUUCUUAUAUUUUAAUAGCCAUUUGAGAAAUCACUCUAGAGAGUAACCCUGAAAGUAAGUACUGUGACAAAGCUUUCACUAGUGCUCUCAUCCUGAUGCGACAUCUAAGAAUUUAUACUGGAGAGAAACCAUAUUAAUGUAAGGAAUGUGAGAAAGGCUUCACUUGGUUUUCCAACCUUCAAAAACAUACAAAUUCAAAGUAAAGAGAAACCCUGUGUACAGAAUGUGGGAAAACCUUCAGUAUUUCCACAUUUGAAGUCACACUGGAGAUAAAGCCUAUGAAUGUAAACACUGGGGGAAAGCCUUCACUAUCUAAUCAAGCCAAACUCAACAUGUAAAAAUUGAUACUAGAGAGUAACCAUUUGAAUUGUAAGGAAUGUGAGGAAAACCAGUCAUGGUCACGACUAAACACCUAAACACUAAGCACAAUAAAUUGAGGAUUUAUGUACAUAAUAAGCAUGACAAAGUGUUAUUCUAGUGUAUUUCAAAAACAUAAAAAGCUACAUUGCAGGGAAAACUUGAAUAUGAGGACUAUGGAAAGGUCUACAGGUGUCCCAUUGAAUACAUGAAAGAGCUCCUUAAUUAGAUGUCUAUGAAGUUAAGUGAUGUGGGAAAGCAAUCAGUCUCCUACAAACCAUGCUGGAGGAGCACAGUUGAAGAUGUAUGGAACUCAACUUACAGGGUAGCUUCAUAGAUGUUUUUUGAACAUGUGCCACUCUGCCCAGAGCAUUUUUGGGAAUGGUCUGGCUCUCUGCCCCUCAUAGCAAUGCUAGUCCAGUCUAGUUUCUAUACCUGGUUUGCAGCCUUGCCCCAUGUGGGACUACCACCGUUAGACUUAAUGUUAUACAAGCCACUGGGAUCCUCUAGUGUAUACUGACCUUGUCUAAUAUUGUGAAGAUGGUGAGCAGUUGAAUUUAGUUCACUGUUCACAGAGUCCAUCUACAGUGCCUCAUGCUGGCAAAGGUGGAGGAUAUAUGUCUAGAUUUCCUGAAAUGUUUCACACAUGAUCUUUCUGGGUCAGGAAAGACUUUAGAAACAGUGAGGUUAUAUACCCGGAUCUCAUAACUCUGGCAAGAGCAACAUACUCAUUACUAGGUUAGAAAAUAUUUUUAACCUCAGGCAGUGUGUGGAGAGAUUGGGAACAGAGAAUAUUCUCUUGUUCUUAAAUCACCAUAUCCUGGGAAAGCAAUUCUAUUCUUUGCCUGUGUUCAGAAACAGCUGCACCUAGCAUGUGACAUGGUAGUUAGUUUCACAUCCCUUCACAUGCUAUGAGAUAGGAAACCUUGUGGCUAGGACAGAUCCUGAUAUUCUGAUAUACUUGAUGCCACCACUGAUAGAGACACAGAAUCCAUCAGAACCUUGUUUCAGUUUUGAGUUAACACAUUCAUGUACUUGUAACACUUGAGCAGCCUUUAGUUAGUCCUGGGUGGCCUUGUAGGCUGCAGCAGUUUAAUGUCACCUCCCUUCUGGCUUAAAUCAAUGGAGUACACUUCAAAUCAAAUUUAAUGAUAAAUCCUGAUCAGAUGUCACCUGGAUAUGGGGUACCUGGGUGUCUCAGUCAAAUGUCCAGCUGUUGACUUCAGCUCAGUUCUUGAUCUUAGGGUCUUGAGUUCAAGCCCUGGAUUGGGCUCUGGGUGUGGAGCCUACUUAAAAAGAAGUGACCCAGGUACAUUCUUGUAUUUGGAGAUUGGGAUAUGGAAGUGAUUCUUUUGAAUAUGGCUGUAGUCUUAACUGCUUGGUGUGUGUUGCAAUGUAUAAUACACUGACUGGCCUUAAGUAUUGAUAUCUCAAAACCCAUAAGUUGUAAUUCCAGCAAUUGUAUACCCUCAUCAUUGUUAUUGUGCUGAUAAUGUUAGCUGAUCUCACUGAGAUCCUCUUUUCAUAACUUGGAUUGUCUCCUCCUAAAUAAGAAUGUCUUCUUCAUGGGAAAAUAUAAACCAUUUUCCACCUGUAGGUCUUACUGCUCUGUGAUCUUUUCCUAUGGGAGAAGCCUGGCAGUCCAGCUCAGUUUUCCUGGUACAUUCUAACCAGAGAAGCUUGAUUACCUCAGGGAUGUGCACUGUGAUCACACCCAUGCUGAACUCCAUCUACAGCCUGAGCAACAAGGAUGUAAUGAGCCUCCUGGAAAGGCUUUUUCACCUAGGAGAGGGGCUGUGAUGGGCCACUGGCCUUAGAACCAAGAGGACAUUGUGGGUCCCAAAUGCAAACGUUGUGAAUUUAAGUUUAUGGUUACUCUCCUCUUGUAAUAGAUAUACUUCUUUUCCUUUAUUUCCAAAGCACCUGUGACUUGCUUAUAUUUGUCUUUGUGUUCGUUUCUCAACAGCCUCUUCAGUAACUCCUUGGUUGCCUUUCUUCCCUAAUUAUAGCACCAAAUUUCUGCCUUUGGUUGCACUUCCUAUAGGCAUUCCUGAGAUGACCAACAUUAGAUGGGAAGCACUCAAAUCAGAUGCUGGCAUGGAUUUCUCAAAAAUCAUCCUUUCAAAUGUCAAUAUUCACAUUCAUUUACUUGGUUAUUUUUCACAUAAAGAAGUGGGAUGAAAAGGAUACUACAGUUGUAAUCGAAGUGCUUGCCAUAUCAAAAUUGUGCUGUUUUACAUGUAUAAUUUUAUGGAAUUAGGACAUUUCAUAGAGAUUUUUCUUAUUUACCUCAUUUUCCACAAAAAGUUUGUGUUUGCAGUGGAUUCUACCCUGGAAACAGUGAUGUGAUUUUGAACUUCCAGUGUAGGACUCUAGAUUUGAGUGGUGCUGUGCUUAGGUGUUUUUAUGUGGUAUAUUGCAUAGGAUAAGUCUGACAUAUUGCCUCCUCCUUUGCUUUCUGUCCUCUUUCAUUCUUCCUUUUCCCUUAGCUUUUAAAAAAUACUUUAUUAAUUCCAUGAGAGACAGAGAGAGAGGCAAAGACAUAGUCAGAGGGAGAAGUAGGCUGCCCGCAGGGAGCCCAAAAUGGGACUUGAUCCCCAGACCCUGGAAUCACACCCUGAGCCAAAGGCUUAUGUUCCAACUGCUGAGCUACCCAGGUGUCCCUCCUUAUUAUCUUUGUUUCAUUGCAUCUUUAUUUUCCAUUAUUGCUAACAAGACCCAGGUGGAAACUACUUUUCUCAGUGCAUGAUUGGCAGCUGGUGGAGGGAAAGAUGAAUGAUAAAUGGAUGUUGAAUGGAUAGAGUAUCCAUUUGGGAAUGUGAAAGCAUUUGGAAAUGGAUAGUGGUUAACGGUUGCACAAAAACCAGUGUACUUGGUGUCAACCGAAUAGAAUUGUUCACUUGUUUAAAAUGGUGAUUCCUUUUAAUGCAUUUAAACAAUAAAAAGUGACAAAAUGGAAAGAAAUUUCUUCCUGAUAUCUUUAAUUCCAUAAUGUAAUGGACAAUUGAAAUUUUUCAGGAAAAAAAAUUUAAGACUUUACUUAUUAGAGCAAGAAAACACAAGCAGGGGGAGCAGCAGAGGGAGAAGCAGGGUUCCUGCUGAGAAGGGAGCCCAAUGUAGGGCUGGAUCCCAGCACACCAGCACCAUGACCUGAGCCAAAUGUAGACGCUU